UCUUAGCUCUCUUGUACUUUUUGGCCAUGCUUUGUAAAACUUUUAUUGGUUCCGACCGCCUUUGUGUGUGUAGUCAUCGCCUUAGCAUUUUCAGCAUUUUGAUCUUGAGUACUUUGUUGUCGUUUGUAGAGAUGUUGAUGUCGAGGAUGUCUAGCAGCGCGGGCAGCCUGAGUUGCCGGUGGUCAUUCCGUGACUUGCGUUCGAGCCACAUGUGCCGGAGGGCGAUGUAGCUCAAAAUUCGCCCAUCGAAAUGAGCAUGACAGCGACUCCCUUAGACCUCGAGAGCGCGCUCGCUGACCAGGAUCGUCGCAUCCAUUAUUGGAGGACGAAGUUUGAGGUCGCGGAACUCGAGAGGACUAUGCUGGAAGUGAAGAAGGACCAGGCUGUAGAGACACUCCGGGGUCGUGAGGUGUGGUUCAACUCGUAUCUGAAGAGUUGCUGCACGUCCAUGUCCAGAGUAUGUAGAGAGCUCCGAGUACCUCGUGGGGAUCCCGAGGAAUCGGCGGCCGGAUAUAUCUCGUGGCUGAACGGCGCCUGCACCCAGCUCGAAGGCAUCGGUCAACGCAUCGACGAAGCCUUGAAGCAGCAGUGUCGUCGGUCGAGCCGAUAUGCCGGGGGGCAUGUGUUGGCUUGUAUACGAGAUCAUCGUCCACAGCUGCACCUCGAGUUCCUCCACGAAAGGUUUUCUCGUUCUCGGAGAACUCCUGUGGAGAUAGAUGGCCUAGCGAAGUCGAUGGCGCCACUAGCGGAGAAGGUCUUACAGUCGAUCCCUUCCUGGUAGUCUCCGUGUCCUGUGACAAAUGUCUUAGGGAAAUAGCGUAAUAUACUUUUGGAUUUUGAUUGAAUUGUAAGAAGGUCUUGUGAAAUAGAAAAGAAAUCUAUCUAACUAUGCUUUCUUACUUUGGAUGUAGCGUGUAUAAGUGUCUUCUCACUUCGCGACUUCGAUCAGUCAUUUGAGGUAUACACUCUCCCUAGCCCCCAGCCUUAUCAUCGGAGAAUUCUUCUCGGAAGAUAAGGCUCUUGGACCUUUGACCUGUCUCGGUUG